CCCGCAGGUGCCCGAGGCUGGGGGCGGCGGUGGCAUCCCUGCAAUGCGCUUGGCAGCGGCUGGCCCGGCUGGCGCUGGCCGGGUCCAUGUGAUCCGGGGCUCGCUCAGUGCCACCGCCGGUCCCGCCGCCGCCAGGGAGCCACAAGGUCGAGCCACGGCCCCAGCCCCGGGCAGGGCUCCCGGCACCGGCCGGACCCCCGGGCUCCCCCUGCCACCAUGCCCCGCGGGAAGAGGGACCCGGGGCUGCUGUCCCCCGAGGGGAAGGGUUCCCUCGCGGCGGGGGACGGCCGGCGCUCCGCGGAGGAGGAGGAGGAGGAGGAGGAGGAAGACGGACACCUCCCGGGGCUGCCCCGCGACGACCUCACCAAGAGCAUGUCGAGCUCCUCCGUGUCCUCCUACCACUCGGCCCUGUGCUCGGACGGCACGGAGACCUUCAAGGACUGCCUGGAGUUCCUGGACGAGGAGGGCUCGGCGGGCCGGGCUGUCCCGGGGCGCUGGGCUCCGGCGGGGGCCCCCGGUGCGGCCCCGCCGCCCGGCCCCCUCGCCCGCCCGCAGCGGGCUCAGCUGUCCGGCGCGGCUAAGAAUAGCCCAGCGCAGGGCCAGGGGAGCAGGAUGGGUCCCCUCGGCGGGGAGCGGCAGCCCGUGCCGGCCGUGGGGGAGCCGGCCGUGCCCCGGCAGCCCGCGGCGAUGCUCGCCGGGCUGCCCAGCGACUCGGACGAGGUGGACGGCGAGGUGCAGGCGCUGACGGCCAGGGCUUUCCGCAGCCUCUCGGGGCUCCCCGGAGCUCGCCUCGACAUGUGCAGCUCCCACACCUCCUCCAGCCUCUCCAACUCGCUGUCGGAGGACGGCGGGCGGCCGCGGCGGUGGCCGGCGGGCGCCGGGGAGCCCCGGGGCGCGGCCACGGCUCCGCACGGCAGGGUGGGCUGGCCUUUCCCCGCCGCCGGGGACGGGGAGCUGCUGGGCAAGGAGCAGUUCGAGUGCGUGGACGUGGAGCUGGAGAGCGGCGAGGCCAGGAAGGGCUACGGCAAGAAGAGGACGGUGCCCAAGCGGCAGAUCCUGCUGAAGAGGAAGGAGAGGAAGGAGCCGGGCUUUGGCCCGCGGGGGGAUGGCCCAGCGCCGCAGCCCCCCGCCAGGAAGGAGCCCCCCGGCAAGGGCAGAGCAGCGGGCGAGGACUUCAGGCUCAACUACCAGCAGUUCAUGAAGGCGGCGUCCCUGGGCACCGACAGGACCAGGGCGGCUUCGUGCCUGGUGAAAAACGUGCUGGCCAAGAAGAUGCAGUACGAGCAGCGGAUCAAGAUGGAGCAGAAGGGGAUGCGGGGCAGCUCGACCUCCUCGGGGCCGUCCUCCGCCGGCACCGACCUGCUGGGCGAUGGUCUGGAGGGCAAGUCCAGCUCGCUGUCCCGCUCCGACUGCAGCUUCUCGGCCGAGGACCUGCGCGCCGGAGCGAUGCCGGUGGCCACGGCGGCCGCGGCGAACGCCACCAGCACCGCCAGCCAUCCCACCAAGGGCGUGGUGCUCAGCGAGGCGACGAGGGAGACUGUCUGCAACCUGAGGAAGACGUUCAACGAGCUCAACCAGAGGAUGAAGUACCAGGAGGUGCUGGAGGGCCGCUGGCUGCCCGCGGCAGCGGAGAAGCACACGUCGGAGAGGAUCUGCUACCAGCGAGCCCGCGCCUUGUUCGAAGCCCAGCCUGGUGUGGGGAAGGUGCUGGAUGUCGCCCCCCGCUUUGCGAGGGCGCCGAGGCCGUGGCCCAGCCUGAAGGAGCGAGCCAUCGGCCCCAUCCAUUCCCAAAGCCUGCCCUUCAAGGCCGAGAGCCGGGCGCUCCCCGCCGCCCCGCCGCGCCGCCCCUUCGGCCCCUCCCGGGCGCAGGAGGCGAGGCCGCUGCCGCAGGCCCGGCCAGAGAAGCCCCCGGCAGCGCCCCGCCGGCCGCCCAGCCCCGGCACCCCCGCACCGCGGGGCUCCCCGCCGGCCGCGCCCCCCAAGCCAGAGGAGAAGGGGAAGGGGCGCGUCCCGCAGCCCCGGGACGUGCGCAAGCUGGUCAAGAGCAGCUACAGCCUCAAGUUCGGGACCGGCGGCGCCUCCCGCGGCACCGCGGCACCGGCGAGCAGCGGGGAGCCGCCGCCGGCCGCCCCUCUGGUCAUCCACUGCACCUCGGUGCGCCGGGAGCCGGAGCCGGCGGCGGAGGAGGGGCUGGCGGCCCCCGGCCCAGAGCCGGCGUGUGCCGAGGGGCCCGCGAAGCCCCCGGGCAGCCGGGCCGCGCCCCCGCACAGCUCCCCCAUCAACAUCACCAGGGUCCAGGCCACGCGGAGGGGAGCGCUGCCCAGCGAGGAGCCGGCGUCGCCGCCGCGCCGGGAGCGCAGCGAGCUGCGGGUGCCGCCGCGGCCCGAGCGGCUGCCGCACGUGGAGACUCACCUGCACGUCCUGGUGGGGCGGCCGGGCGGCGGGAGCGGCCCCGCCGCGGGCAGCGCCCUGCUGCGGGCGGAGAAAACCGUCCUGCUGCCGCCGCCGCCGGGCAGCCCCGCCGAGGGGAGGGAGCCGCCGGGGCAGCGGCGCGGCAGCGGGGACAGCCGGGACCCCCGAGCCGAGCAGCCGCAGCCCCGCGGCCGGCGGGGGUCGGGGGGCAGCAGCGGGGGCUCCCCGGGGCGGCCGCCGGAGCACAGGGAGCCCUGGGAGCGCUCGCCGCACUGGCCGGCGGCCGCAGAGCCCUACCCGCCCGCUGGCCCGGCAGAGAACUCCAGCUACUUGGCAAUGCCCGAGAGAGCCCCCAAACCCACGCUGAUGCCAAAGCUGGCCUCGGUCCCCAACCCGGCCAGUGCAUCCUUUGGGACCCCCUUUGUCCCCAGCCCGGCCAGCGCCUCUUUUGGGGCUCCCUCAGCCCCCAACCCAGCCAGUGCAUCCUUUGGGACCUCCAUGGUCACCAACGUGACCAGCUCAUCCUUUGGCUUCCCAUUAGCCUCCAGCCUGGCCAGCACAUCAUUUGGGACCCCCUUGGUUUCCAGCUCAAACAAAUCUUUUGGGGCCCCUCUGGUCCCCAAUCUCUGCAGCACAUCCUUUGGGAGCCCCUUGGUGCCCAAUCCAACCACUGUGUCCUUUGGGUCCCCUUUGGUCCCAAAUCCAUCCAGCACAUCCUUUGGGAGCUCCUUGGUGCCCAAUCCAACCACUGUGUCCUUUGGGUCCCCUUUGGUCCCAAAUCCAUCCAGCACAUCCUUUGGGAGCUCCUUGGUGCCCAAUCCAACCACUGUGUCCUUUGGGUCCCCUUUGGUCCCAAAUCCAUCCAGCACAUCCUUUGGGCCUCCAUUAAUCCCAAAUGCAUCCAGUGCAUCCUUUGGGAACCCCUUGGUCCCAAAUCCAUCUGGCACAUCCUUUGGGUCUCCCUUGGGCCCAAAUCCAUCCAAUGUAUCCUUUGGGUCCCCACUGGUGCCCAAUCCAUCCAGUGCAUCAUUUGGGAGCCCCUUGAUCCCCAAUCCUUCCAGUGCCUCUUUUGGGUCCCCACUGGUGCCCAAUCCAUCCAGUGCAUCCUUUGGGUCCCCACUGGUCCCCAAUCCUUCCAGUGCAUCCUUUGGGUCCCCACUGGUUCCAAAUCCAUCCAGUGCAUCCUUUGGGUCCCCACUGGUCCCCAAUCCAUCCAGUACAUCCUUUGGGUCCCCACCGGUCCCAAAUCCAUCCAGUGCAUCAUUUGGGUCCCCAGCGGUUCCCAAUCCAUCCAGUGCCUCUUUUGGGUCUCCCUUGGUCCCCAAUCCAUCCAGUGCCUCUUUUGGGUCCCCAUUGGUUCCAAAUCCAUCCAGUGCUUCCUUUGGGAACCCCUUGAUCCCCAACCCAGGCUCACCCUUUGGGUCCCCCUUGGUCAGCAACCCAGUCCCCACUUCCCUUGGGCAUCCAUCAGUCUCUAACAUGCCCGGCUCUUUCUUUGGAUCCCCUUUUGUCCCCAACCCAGCCAGCGCUCUGCUGGGCACCGGUGCCUAUCCCCUUCCUGGUGGGGAAGUGCCCUGGAGCAAGCCCAGCCCUGAGCUCCCCCUGCCCCGACCUCCCGAGGGCCCGGCUGCUGUGGAGCCCCCCGCCCAGCCCCACCUGGAGGAUGCUCCUCAUUUCCUCAGGAGGACCGACGGCCCCUCGCCGAGUGGGAGGAGCAGGCAAAGCCCCCCGAAGCCCUUCUCUGCCCCCCUGCCCGCCCAGCGGAGGAUGCUGGUGGAUCCCAGCAGCGGCAAGUGUUACUACGUGGAGCCGCCGCGGCAGCCCCAGAUGAAAACGCUCUACGACCCCGAGACCGGGCAGUACCUGGAGGUGCUGGUCCCGCCGGUGGCAUCACACACCGGCCUCUACCAGGCACCUUUCAACCCCCUGCUCAUGGCCCCGGGGGUCUGUGGCCCACCCUACGCCCCCUACGGCGGCUUCCCGGGGCUCCCGGCCCCGCCGCCCCCCGCCCCGUCCCCGCCGCGCCCCUCGCCGGCUGCCGACACCCCCGGCUCGGCUCCCAAGGGCGAGGGGCCGUCCCCUGCCGGGGGUCCCGACUGCGGCUACCUGGAGAGCCUGUACUACAUCCCCACGGGGAUGCGGGCCAGCCCCGGCCCCGAGCAGCCCCCGGGUCGCGCCAGCCCCGCCGCGCCCGAGGGGUCUCUGCUCCGGAUGUGACGGGAGGGACCGGCAGGGAUGUCCCCUCCCAUGGCCGGGCUUAGCCCAAAAUCAGCAUCACCCCUGCCCACGGCUGAGCGGGCAAAGCGCCCGGGGGUAGCGGGCACUGGUUGGACUUCACUGGCUUCUCACAGAAACGGGGACAAAAAGGGGAUUUUCCGCUGUGGGCACCCGGCAGCCCUAGGCGGACGUGGGGGUGUGGGCCCCGGGCAGCGAAGGGACCACACAGUCCCUGUUCCCCCUGUCCUGCCAGUCCCAUCCCAAGGAUGACCCGGGCUGCUUGGCACAGGGUGGGGGGGAAUGGCCUGGCCACGCCCAGCCCCCCAGUUCCAGCUGCAGACACCCCAAAAUAGUAAUAAAAAUGCUGAAACAGCUUUAA